CACACUUCCCCGUGGUGAUCAAGCUGGGACAUGCCCACGCUGGCAUGGGAAAGAUCAAAGUAGAAAACCAGCAUGACUACCAGGACAUCACCAGCAUAGUGGCUAUGGCCAAAACCUAUGCCACUACAGAGGCCUUCAUCGACUCCAAGUAUGACAUCCGCAUCCAGAAGAUUGGAUCCAACUACAAGGCGUACAUGAGAACCUCCAUCUCUGGAAACUGGAAGGCCAACACUGGCUCUGCCAUGCUGGAGCAGGUGGCCAUGACAGAGAGGUACAGGCUAUGGGUGGACAGCUGCUCAGAAAUGUUUGGCGGCCUAGACAUCUGUGCUGUCAAGGCCGUCCACAGCAAGGACGGCAGAGAUUACAUCAUCGAGGUCAUGGACAGUUCAAUGCCACUGAUUGGAGAACAUGUGGAAGAAGACAAACAGUUAAUGGCCGACCUUGUUGUCUCCAAGAUGAGCCAACUUCUGGUGCCAGGAUGCACAGUGCCCUCUCCCCUGAGACCCUGGGGUCCACACAUUAAACCAACAAAAUCCCCAGGACAAGGUCAUCUGGGGCCUCAGCUAGGACAGCCCCAGCCACGGCCACCUCCACAAGGGGGCCCUCGUCAAGCUCAGUCUCCUCAGCCCCCCAGAUCUAGAAGCCCAUCCCAACAGAGGCUCUCUCCACAAGGCCAGCAGCCCCUGAGCCCCCAGUCAGGAUCUCCACAGCAGCAAAGGUCACCAGGCUCUCCACAGCUAUCCCGGGCAUCUGGUGGCAGCUCUCCAAACCAGGCCUCCAAGCCAGGUGCCAGCCUCAGCUCGCAGCCCAGGCCCCCUGUGCAGGGCCGCAGCACCUCCCAUCAGGGUGAAGAGCCCCACAAGCCAGCACCACCUCACCCCCACCUCAACAAAUCUCAGUCCCUGACUAACAGCCUCAGCACGUCAGACACCUCCCAGCGCGGGACCACAAGUGAAGAUGAGGCCAAGGCCGAGACCAUCCGCAAUCUGAGAAAGUCCUUCGCCAGCCUCUUCUCUGACUAGCCCCUGCCCAGACUGUAGGGCAGGAAGGCAGGAAGACUCGGUGACAUGAGCCUUCCUCUUGUAUCUUCCUCCUCCUCGGCCUUGGUUCCAGGCAGAAACAUGCUUUCUAGGCCUCUAACCCAGGAACUGGUGAUCCACAGGCAUUCCCAUCUCCUUCGCCAUGACAUUCCAAUGCCAUCUGACUGAUCAGUGACCUUUGAGAGCCUCUAGGGUACUCAAAACAGGCCUUCUAGACAAACAAGCCUUCAUUACACCCACCAUCUGCUUGCUCCCCUGCCGCCGAUACCAAGUGAGAUGUCUGUGACUCGUUUUUUGCAUUCUUAUUAGUGUUUUGCUUGCCUUUGGGCAGAAGUCCCCUUACAGGCCUUGGCCCACUUUCAUCAAAUGCAGACAUUGUAGUCGGACCUCAGUAACAUAGGAGGCAAUAAUUUUUAAUAGUGUUUUUGCAAACAAAAAUAGAAAAGCCCAGCCCAGGAAACUACCACUCAGCUAAAGCAAGCUUGCCCUAUCCUAGGAGCAGGCAGGCAAAGACCCCAUCACAGCUGGCCUUCAAAGGGAUCUUGAUGUCAACAGAAAAAAGCCAGACCCUAUGCAACAAGUGGGGCCUUUCAGAACAGAAGCAGAGGGACACCCGAAAAAUGUCACCCACAACCAGAGCCAACAACAUACCUUGCAGGAGUCCAGAGAAGACAGCUUGAACUCCCUAGGGAGAGGGUCAGGAGGGUUAUGCCUCUCUGGCCUCCCAGAGAAGCUGUUCUUUCCUCCUCAAACCAUAAGGAACCAGAGAGAAUGGACAGACCCCUGCCACAGGAUCAGAAGGUGCAGUAAUUAUAUAGGAUUCUAUAUGCCAGCAUUUGACCUGAUCAGUACAAGAUGUCUCUAGGCCACUGGAUUUCCAAAGGGUGUCCUGGUGGAGUAGGUUUCAGAGACACUGCACGUUUCUCUUUUGGUGACACAAAACAGAAGACACAUGUCAAAGGCUUUUUGAAUUCCUGCAGGAAAGAAACCUGCUCUAACCUUGUUUCAGCCUAACCCACGUGACUAAGACAGUUCACCACAGAGCUGGGCAAAGUGAUCCUGACUCCUUUUCCAGUGCUUUCCCCAGUCCCAGGAUCAGUAGGAUUCAGGGGUGCCCCACAUCACCAAGCACCUGGUGCUAGAAACAUUGUAGGUGCCAGAAGCCACCUCCUGGUCCUGAGAGGACUUCAGAACAUAGCCAUGUUAUAUGUAUUGCCCCCCACCUUGGUCCCAAGAGGACUUCAGAACAUAGCCAUGUUAUAUGUAUUGCCCCCCACCUUGGUCCCAAGAGGACUUUAGAACAUAGCCAUGUUAUAUGUAUUGCCCCCCACCUUGGUCCCAAGAGGACUUCAGAACAUAGCCAUGUUAUAUGUAUUGCCCCUCCCCUUCGUAACUUGAGCUGUCGUUCCCUCACUGUGUAAGGAAAGGGAGGGAAGAGGUAUGAAGUAAAGCAGCUUCCAGUGAUGCUCAAGGUCUGUAGAUUGCUUGAUCAGCCAAGGCCUUUCCAAGUCCCGGAGCAUAUAAGAGCAGUCACCACGUUUUAUUUUGGUUUAUUUUGGUUUUUUUUGAAACAGACACGCUCAGCAGCCCAGGCUGGCCUAGAAAUCACUGUGUAUCCCAUGCUGGUCUCAAACGUGUAGCAGAUCUUCUGCCUCCACCUUCCACAUGCUGGAAAGACAGGACAAGCCACCACUCAGCUAACAGUCAUCACUUUUUGGUCCUCCCAGCCCAAACUAGAGUGGCAGAAAUAAGGCUAGAAGAGUCUCUCUCCUGCCUUGGGUCACUUAGAACCCUGUGUCUGAGGCAAAUAUACCUUCAAGCUGGUUUUCUGAUAGUUACUGGCUAGUGAUCAGCUCAGCAUCAAAAGUGCUAGCUUGGCCCGACUGCAGAGAUCCACUUGGCCCUUAGGGUCGUCCCCUUCUUCCUUGGCCUCUUCCCUCACUCGUGAUCAAGUCAAUAGUGCUGCUUUAGAAUUGCUGCCUCCUCUGCCUCUCAUUUGGGAUUCCAAAUAGCAGCUGUGGCAUAGAAAAGAUCAUGUAGGUCCAGUUACCAGUGGCCACCGGAGUUGUAAUUUGGCAUCUAGAGACCGAAGGGUUUGGGCCUGGUAGGAACUGAUUAGGAUCAACAGCAAAUUUGCCAUGAUGUGAAGUGAGGAGUGAACUGCCAAGAGCCUGCUACCCUUCCCAGCACCCACAAAACCCUCUCUAUUCCUCUCUAGGUCCCAAUGGGUUUGGUGCCUAUGGAACACAAUGAGCUCAGUGUCUAUCUCCCUCCUUUUGUUCAACCUCUGCUCCGACAUAGAGUGAGGCUGGCAGAAAUUUCCAGAAUGCAUCUCCGGGUCAGCAGGGUGACCCAGCAGGCACACACACAAGCAUCACUGACAGGGUAUCAUCUCUGGGACCCCCAAAGUGGAGACAGGAAGAGAUCUUGAGGCCAGCUCCCCUAUAGCCAUGCUUUCAGUAGGUUAUCUAAAGGAAGAUAAAAGGUCGGUCUAUCAUUCCACAGAACACUGCUUCUGCCUCCUGUUCCUCCUCCUCUCUUGAUACUUCUUCCUGGAACUGUGAAGAAAGCCAGGUGAGGCCCCAGGAAGGAGUCAGGGAGGUGAGAUUCAAAAUGUCAAAGCUAGUCUGUUACUGUGGGCUCAGCAAAAGACAGUGUGAAUGCUGGAGAAUGUAAGUAAGGCUUGGUCAUCAGCCACCCCAGUCAAGAAUCCUGUGAGUUCUCUCCUCCCAACACACACACACAAACACACACACACACACACACACACACACACCAUGCGUAGCUAUCAACAAGAAUGGACACAUUUAGAAUGUAGUCUUCUUCCUAGGGCAUUCCUGGUAAUGAGCUUCAAUAGCAGAUGCUUUUCCAGCAGCCUGAGAAGUCAGGACCCGCUCACAUGAGGCACAUGUGGAGGGAAACAGCACCAGCCUCACAAGAUCUGAAGGAUCUGGACUCCUGGCUAUGGCAGUUGCUCCUGUAGCAGGACUAGGGGCUUUACCCCUAGGAGUCUAUGAUAAGAUUCCAGCAGUCUCACAGACAUACACAUACAUCCCACUACUCACAGGUAGCUCUUUCACAGAAACAAUGCUGUGCUGUAUUCUGAAAAAUAGUGAGAGACUUGUAGGUCUAGGAGUAACAUCACAGAGGCCAUGUUUUAGGCAACUAAGAACACGGGAAACGUGACAGCCAUCACUCUUCAACAGUCUCAGACAAGGACCAGUAACAAAACAGCUCCAGACACACAGCUAAGUGAUAAGAGGCUAGGUGAUUUUUUUCCCAAAGUAUGGGCCACAUCCCUGAGCAGAACUAGUUAUAAAGGCAGAGGUUUUGCCUCAGAACAAAGGAAUUAGAACUUGUGGUCAGAAGGCCUAGAACCUGUGGCUUGGUCAGCCUUGCGUGUUCUGGAGGCCUGCCGCAGUUGGGCCACAGGCCUGACACAGGGUUAGGAUAGAUGUGCUUGUCACCAGUUCUGCCAGGUACCUGCCCUUUAAUCAGCAAAACCAGUGGCUCUAUAAACAAGCCUAUGUGGCCAAAUGUUUCGGCCUGUAUUCUGUCCCUUGUCCCUGAAGCAACGCAGCAUCUCAGUUUCCAACGACAUCACUCUGGGACUUCACCUUCAGUAGCACAAAAGCCUUUCAAAUUCUGAUCAGACCAAGCAUCCUGAUUUUUAUAACUAUGCAUAUAUGUUUUAUCCAUGACGUAACACCAGCUUGUCGUCAGCAUGUUUAAAUGGAUUUCCAAUUGGCCUGGACAUGAAAAUGGAGGCACGGGUAUAUACAGGUCUCCUGGAGAUCACAGAUCUUCCAAAUGGACCGUUUUCACCCAUAGACCAGCACAUGUUCCUUCCAAAAAUUUAACCUUUAAUAAUUGUGACAUUUGGAAAUGGAAAAGGGUAAAUGGGGAAAGUCUCUGUGCAUAGACUCUGAAACGUUAUAUGUUGUGUUCUGCUUUGUUUUACAACUUUGACCCAAAGGAAGGCUAGCAUUUUCCCUCCAAGCUGACUUAGUAAGGCUGAGACAUAAAAAAGACCCAUUCAAUCUGUGCACAAUGAACAGGGACUUACAAACAACAGCCUCCAAGGGCACCUCUACCAGCCAGAGCAAGCUUCUCCCAGAACUUCCUCCCGUCAACAUUAGAUGAUGCUGUGCUGUGGCUGAUGGAGAAUCAGCUCUGGGGGCACUGAAUAUGCACACCAUUUCUUUUCCCUUAAUUGCCUGAGGCCUCUGGGUUGCUGCGUCCACUGCAGUCAGUUCUAUUCCCCAAGUUUCAGGCGUGACAGGUCUUUACUCACAUAACAGAUCAGCAGCAAACCUUGGACAACUAAAUAUCCACUGCCACCAGGAAUUCUCUGAAUAUCCGAGAAAGGCGCAGAAAGGCGCAGUGGAGACGCAAGCUGCCAGAGAUCUGACACAGGCCCAGGGAGCAACAACUCAAAGCAGCUGCUGGGCAGAGUCAGGUGUUCAGGACACACUCUCCUGGAAAGUUGUGAAAUUAAUAAAGUGUACUCGAUGUACUAAGAUUGGAGAAAGGGGAUGUUUUCUUAAGUGUGUCAGUGCCGGAAAGUCACCUGGGGCUAAUAAAAUGAGAAAAUAGAGAAAUGAGGAAAACAAAAA